AUGGGACGCUGUGGCGGUGCGACAUCCCAUCAGCGUCGAUCCAUUGUCUACGACAACAACAAGUCUUUCGUCUCGUCUCCCCCUCCACCCCCAACCCCGCCCCACCCCACCCCAUUCGUGCGAUGCUCUCAUUUAGUCCUCCGACCAACUGAGGAACGCAGUGCUGUCUCACUGACCACUUGGUUGCGUUUACUAAGGCAAAUUCUUUCCGCCUUUUUAGCCACCUCCAAAAGCACACUUGGCGUCGUUGGUACAGAGUUCGAGCCCAACACCGCUAGU